GGGGGACUGCGCUGAGGCUGAAGCAGCAGAGAAGCAGCAGACGCAUCACUGCAGAGGCUCAGAGCUGAAGCACUUUACGGCUGAAAGAGGAGAGAGCAGCAGGACUCUGGAGCAGUAGGACUCUGGAGCAGUAGGACUCUGGAGCAGUAGGACUCUGGAGCAGUAGGACUCUGGAGCAGUAGGACUCUGGAGCAGUAGGACUCUGGGCUCAUGGACCUGUGUCUCUGUUUGGACUCUUCAGCAUCGCCUCUUUAACACAAACAAAGUGCUGAUUGAGCCGCAGGCUGCGCACUGCUUCAGUCCCGCUUCAGUCGCGCGUUUGGCUCAUAUGGAUGUGACUUCAGCUCAGUGGCUCUUUUUUACUUGUGCUCAGUGAAUUAUUCAGCGCGUCUCCACAGACUCUCUUCACUUUGGAGAAAGAGGCUGUGCCAGGACCCUCCCUCGUGUUUCUGUCACUUCUGGAGCGCUGCGUAAAAGCUUCAGCAGCUUCAGCUCUUUCUGCUUCAGCGGUUUCUGCUUCUGCUGUGCUCGUGCCGUGACUCUUCACAGCUGCAUAGAGGAUGUCUGCCCCAGAUGCCGCUGCCCCGGCCGGAGCCCCCGGAGCUCCUGGAGCGCCCGGUGCUGAAGGAGCCCCGGGAGGAGGCCCUCCCGCCCCUCCCAACACCAGCAGCAACCGCCGCCUGCAGCAAACACAGGCCCAAGUGGAGGAGGUGGUGGAUAUUAUGCGAGUGAACGUGGACAAGGUUUUGGAAAGGGACCAGAAGCUUUCGGAGCUGGAUGACAGAGCAGACGCUCUCCAGGCCGGAGCCUCCCAGUUCGAAAGCUGCGCCGCUAAACUAAAGAACAAAUACUGGUGGAAGAACUGCAAGAUGAUGAUCAUGAUGGGGAUCAUCGGAGUCAUCGUCGUUGGCAUCAUUUUCCUGUACUUCUUCUACUGAGCCCCGACGUCAAUAUAGAUAGAUAUGGACUUAAGAAUGAUGAGAGGGGGAGAAAAAAAACAACCAAGCACUGCUCUUCAUCAAAACAUGACCCCCUCCCUUUACAACAAUAGUGUUAAUGUGUCCCCCUCGUCCACACUGAAGUCUGUCCUGUCUCUGCACCUUAUGUAUAACUGAAGGACAAACCAGACUGAGCCAAGAGGAAGGCAGGACACUGUAAGUCUGGUCCAUCGAGCCAACACUGUACAGUCUGCACCCAAGUCUGAUCAGAGGGACUUUUUGAGCAGCGUUCAUUUGUAAAUCCAACCAUUUUCAACAUUUCAUACUAACCUUUUGUCACCGCAGUAGCUUUUGCCAGUCACUAACAUUGUGUUCAGCUGUAAUAUUGUUUUGACGUGUAUUUGUGAUCCACUGUAGGUAAAUAUACUUCACUUUUUUUGUUCAAACUAUUUAUUUUCUAGACACUGGUUCAGUUCGUAAGACAAAAAGGAGCUCAGUAGUGUUAAAAUAUAAAGUAGUUUGAUUCAAAGAGAGCCAAAGGGUGCGUGGGUUUGUAGAUAUAGAUGCAAAUGAGAGAUUAUUGUUGCUGUUUUGGAGUGGAAGCGUGUGGUGAGAGAGCAGCCCAAACAGACAAUCUCCUACACUCUCACACAAGUUUGACUCUGUCCCGAGCAGAGACCCAGCCAUAGACAAAUGAAUGUCUAGAGUUACAUAAACUAAGCAUGUGUAGUAUCUGAGGUUGUUUAAGUUCAUUUUAAUGUCCAGUAGAGGGCGCCCACGAAUUACUGUCCACGCGUAAAAUGACUUGUGAUUCAUUGGAGUAGAUUCGACACGGUUCUAUUUAAAAGUUUUCGUGAUGUAGAAUAUUUUACCAGUUUUUACACUUUUCUGACAGGUUACACAACAACUUUUAAACCAGAAAUAAAUUUGUAAAAUAAGUUGACUCAAAUCCUCUUCAACGUUUGUCGAAUAAAGACGCUCGGAAACAUAAUUGGUUAAGACCGUUAUUUUAAUAGAGCCAUGAUUAAAACGUAGAAGAAGUCAAACCCGGAAGUGACUAACGUAAAGUAAACAAAGCUAAACAUGUAAAAACUAGUGAAAUUAUGGGGUAACACGUUGUAAUAACUACAAAAUUUACAGCUUUAGUCAAACAUGAACGACGACUUAAUUCAUAAUCAACAAAUAGUUUAUAAAGAAUGAGUCAGACGUGGUAAAACGUAAUGAAAGAGUUUGGUUUAGGGCAUUAUUAUGUAGUUAGCAAGGAUGGGACAGUAAAUAAUAUAGUUUAUCAUGAUUAAAAAAAAAAAAAAAAGGUAGAUAAUUUUAUAUAAUCGUUAAUAAAGAUAAUCUCAAUCAUUGUCUCACCAGAAUGUGAAGAAAAAAGCUACAAAUCCAUAAUGUUCUUGGCUUGAUUGUAGUUGUUUUCACUGAUAACAAAGUGCAAUUAUAUAAAAGUUGUUUAAACAUGGAAUUAGGUCUAUAUAUAAUAUUAAAAUUAUAAUUAUUCAUAUCCAUAAUAUUUUUAAACUGUCAGCAGCUUUAAUAAUUAUAGUGAUGUACUGGUAUAAGUCAUUGUUCAUGUGUUAUUAAGACUAAGGUGUAGUUAUUAUUAUAAAGUGUUACCAAUAAGGAAAAUAUUGUGAAUUUAAGUCAUUUUAACUAUUCUUGUAAUUCAUUUUUUCGGUGUAGUAGACCAGGUUGUCGAAUGAACUGUUCUUAACUUGCAUGGCAGACGUGUCCAUACUUUUGCCUUUUAAUACUUUGUGUCUUUCUUCCAUUUCUGAACCUAACUGCCGUUCUUCUCAUUGUGGUUUACCUUAAAAAGAUGUGUAUACUGUUACUUAAUAACUGCUGCUUAUGCAACAAAUAAUGCACCAGGAUCUGCCCCUCCUACGUUUAGCUUUUUAAGAAAUCGCUGCAUUUAAAAUAACUGUAAAAACACGUCACAUUAUGCUCCUGAUGAUGUCAAGGAUUGAGCUGUUGAAAAUGUAUUUUUGUCAUUUCAGUUUAAACGUUGGAUUUUGAGGAUUUGUAAAGUUAAAGAAUUAUGAACAAAAUGCCAAAAACAUAGAUAGUGUAGAUACUUUGGCAAAACUUUGAGACAUGUGACCUGAACUUGAAAUGCAAAACAGAUGCAUGCUACUACUCUGCUGAUGCCAAUAAAGAACCACAAAAAGCAA